AAUUUAUUGCCAAUACAAAUUGUACGCCAAUAUGUUCUUAGUGGUGAUAGUAUUCCAUGCCUUGAUCUUGAUGCCCUAACCUUAAAGCAACACGCACAAGUUGAUAUUUUCUUGGACAGCAAUGUU